AUGUCCGCAAGGGCGCAUGUGAGACGGCUGAUUGUCUGCGUCGAUGCUGAAGAAUACAACGGGGAAGAUGGAACUUCAGGUGUGGGAAGCUAUGCAUAUCCUCGCCAAUACCAAUUAACACAGUCCAAGGAAACGAAAGCUCUAGGUCGGACGAUCGAGCAGAGUGUCCGCUACUAUCGUGCCGCCUCGGACGGGCCAAGUUUGAUAGAGAGGUUGAAGACCCGUGUGGCAACACCGUACUACGAGGACCAGAUCAAAUCCAUUGCUCGCGAAGUAUGCGAGACCCUUGAUGAACCUCAGGAUGAGCUCUUCCUCUACGGCUUCGGCCGAGGCGCUUUCGUCGUUCGUGCGGUGGCCGGACUGUUGGACACCAUGUAUUUACCCAAAAGCACGUCGUUGAGAUACUUCGAUACACUUUAUCAGACUACAUUGGACAUCUACCGGGCGCGCAAGGAGGAUGAUAACAGAAACGGCCCAAAGAUGAUCGAGUUUCUACGGUCGCAUACAACCCGGCCACCAGUCAUACAAUUCGUUGGGGUCAUGGACACUGUGAAAUACACUGCCGAAGGCCACAUGCAUGACAUCGCGUUUGUCCCAUCCAUCAAGAACCUGAGACAUGCCUUGGCUCUGAAUGAGACACGCUCUCAACUGAGUCCGGAAAUUUUCGAUCCACCAUCUGCUCCGGACAUGACGGGGAGAAGCUUCGUUCAAGCAUGGUUCAUGGGCUCGCACCAGGACCUUGGAGGAGGCGCCCGUGAGGAUGGUUUGUCCUUAUACCCUCUACAAUGGCUGCUCAUUGAAAGUAUGCGAGCUGGACUCGUUCUUCAACCCAAGCAAGAGGACUCGGUGCCUGCUGGGAAGGAAAACCCCCUCUCCCUAGCGUUCCCACAAUAUGCGGGCGAGGUACCAAAGCUCGAUGGGAGUGAAAAAAUUGAAUGGCAGAUCUACCACUCGAACGGCAUACAAGUCAGCUUCUAUGAUCUGCAGUCUCUGCACGGAAGUGCUGCCGAUGACAACCAAACCCACAAUUUACAGAUCAAUUGUUCAAGUUCACUGUAUAACAGCUCACGCAAAGCUUUCAGUUCCAAGGGAUUCAUUGGAUGGUGCGAUGAUGGAAGUUACGGCACGAUAAUUCAUCCUUCAGUAUUCUGCAUCCUGGACAGAUAUCCGCGAUUCUACGAACAGGCCCGAUUCAAGUCCAUGAAGAAGGAUCUGGCCGAUUAUCGAGACCGCUGCUUGAAGGAGGGAGAGGCAAUCCCUCCGUGGCUGGAAGGUUUACAACUGCAAGCAAGCGGCGUAAAAGCAUUCCGAAUACUGACUGAGGAGUCAGACAGCUACAAGCAAGGCAAUCAUGACAUCAACGAAGCCUUUGAAUCUCCCAAUAACCCUGGCCUGAUCAUUCACGACUCCAGAGGCUGGCAAGCAGGAAGUGACAAGGAACUUGAGUUGAUUGCCAAGUUUCUCCGCCAUCGGGCAUUUCAGAAAGAUCCAGCUGAGGCUUUGCAUGUGAUUUGGUUCUGCGUGGAUUCGGACGUCAGCCGUAUCGAGGAGGCCGACAAGCGAACCUUUCAAACCAUUGCACAGUUCUCCAACCACGUACCGGUAUUUGUGAUUGGGACCAAAAAGGACAAAUUGCUUGCCCUCCACAGGUGGCCUCUACUGGAUAAGUACAUGGAACAGACCGGCAACUACCCCGAGGCACAGCGACUGGCAAAUGAGGAAGCGGAUAGUUUGGCAGAGGAACAGUUCGAGGCGCUUCGCCGGGAGCUGUCACAAAUCAAGCAUUACAAGGCAGAUGGAUACUGCUGUCUCUCCAAGGAUGACGAUCAAGCAGUCAAGAGACUUUUGACACAGACCCUAGAUCUCAUUCAAGAUGAAAAGGUCCGAAUCUUCGCGGUUGCGGCACAAGUCGUGGAUGUCGAACAAAAGAUUGACUCCGCAAUCACAGAAUGCAUGCGUUUGGGCCUCCACGCGGUCCGCACUGCCAUGGUCCCGUUACCGCUUUCGGGCGCGAUAGGGACGCCAACUGUUGCUCGAAUCCUCUGUCAGCAUGUCCUCCAAUGUUUUGGAUUCCCCAAGGCGUUACCAGAAGAAGUUGAAGAAAUCAUGACUCGAGUGGUCCUUGGCCAUCUCAAGAAAUUUAUGACCGUGACGAUAGCGGAGUUUGUCGGGGUCGGAGUGGUAACUACAGGCGUCAUUUUCGGCACAAUGGGAGCGGGAGGAGCACUUGCGUUGUCAUUAUGCAUUCUAGCCGCUCCUCCCACGGCUCGGAUGUUGUUCAAAUGUGCCUGUGACAUGAUUCUCAUUCUUGAGCGAGCUUUCCGAUACCAGGGAAAGUACGUUUCCACGAAGCAGAUCGAGGAUGCGGCCGUCUACUAUACAACAGCCAUGACAAAAACCUUUGCCGGGAAAGAGCUCCUGUUACAGAAACAUGUUCACGAUGAAGUCGAUCGGUUAAUACCUCUGACCAAGAUCUCGACGGGAUUAAAAUUCAGCAAACUUCGCCCGGGCUUGGAAGACAUCAUCUACAAGAACCGGUUUCAAAAAUCUGGGCCAGCUAAAGAAGACGACCGGCACGGAGCUCAGGAGCUUAGUGGUCAAGGGAUUGCCGAGCUUGAUUCAACAACGAUCCCGAGCGAACUACCAGGGGGCAGGAGUUUGCCUGUGGAGCUUCCAGCAGAGGUGAAUAUUGCACGGCAAAUCCAGGAGAAAGAGGCAGUGCCAUCUAGAAUGACAUCAACCACUAGUAACACUACGACGACUGACGAUCUCCUCAGUCUGGAGGAGAAGACGACCAUGUCACAAACCCUGAGUGACCACUCUCUACAGUCAUCGCGUCAGUCGACGUUGGUUCUACCGCCAGAGAUCUCGGUGGACAAGACACAAACUGGAGGUGCGUUCUCACGGAGUACACGAAAGUGGUCAGCCAAGCUGGGAUUGAGGAAGUCAAAGACCACGCAAGGCUAG